AUGAUGGAAGUUUAUACUAAAUUCAAGGGUUACUUUUGCAUCUUCCCAAUACCCGAUAGAUUUGAAGAACUUUACCAGAUGAUUAUCAAUAGCUAUCAAUUAGAGUCUGGGAAAUUUGAGAUUCAUUAUGAAGACGAUGAUUUAGGAGAAAUCUCUAUAGAUAGUGACAGGGCAUAUGAGAAAGCAUUAUACCAAUGCACUGGACAAGGAAUUUACUUAAUUAUUAAAGAGCAAUUUCCCCCAAAUCGGCUUUCAGCCCAAUUUAAUCCUACUUCUCCUCUUACUCUUCCUCCUCCUCUAAUAAUUAAGCCUAAAUGUAUAUGCCCAACUGAAAAAUCAAUUUCAAACAAAAAUUGAAGGUGCGAAACCUGUUUCUCACUAAACAGCUAUAAAUUCGCAAAAUGCCCAAUAUGUGGAAGAUCAAGAAAUCUUAAAGAUUUGUUAUGUCCUCAAUGCAACAAUUAUUAUGCAAUAUAG